GGAUCUCCUUUCUCCUCUUAAAAAAAAUCUCCCCGCGACAAUUCACCCCCAGAACAACCGCAUUGCCUGAAUACAAUCGACAUAGGCGGCGGUAUACGAUGCUACAGAUACCGAGAUAUUAACCUGUAUCAUUGAAAUGUCUCUAGGACUCUGGCGACGGGCCGUGCAACCCGCCGGCUUCGGCGUGCAGGCUCUGGUCGCCCCUCGCAAGAUCCUCAGUCCAACAGGAUCAAUCGGCAUUAACCCGCUGCUUCUGAAGCAGUCAUCGGCUGCCUUCUCAACGGCCAAGACAUCCCCCAUAUCCGUCAUCAAGUCCUGUUUCGAGACCUCAAGCCGAUCACCUACCGCCUUACAUCCGUCACGGAACCCAUGGAGAUCGAUCCAGCGCCAAGCGUUUGGUACCACCACAGCGGCUAAGAAGGACCCAGCUCCUGAAGGCCGCAAUAAGAUGAAAGAGGCCCUGGAGGAGGCCCUGGAGGAAGACGGAGACCAGGAAUUCAAGAAGAGCGACCGUGCGGCUAAGGCUGCGCAAGUCAACCUAGCGGCUAAGCUUUCUAAGGAAGGCAAAGGACCAAAGGCGGGCGCGAAUGAAAUCUGGAGAUUGGUCAAGAUUGCAAGACCUGAGCUACGCUGGCUUGCUGUGGCAUUUGUCUUCCUUGUUCUGUCGUCUAGCGUCACCAUGUCUAUUCCCUUCUCCGUUGGCCGCAUCUUGGAUCUGGCGACCAAGGGUGAGGCGGAGGAUAUUCGCAUGUUUGGAUUGACUCUCAACCAGUUUUUCAUGGGACUUGCCGGUAUUUUAACCCUGGGUGCCAUGGCCAACUUUGGUAGAGUUAUUCUUCUGCGAAUUGUAGGCGAGAGAGUCGUUGCACGUCUUCGCUCGCAGCUCUACCGUCGCACCUACGUGCAAGACGCCGAAUUUUUCGAUGCCAACCGCGUUGGUGAUUUGAUCUCUCGACUCAGCUCCGAUACCGUCAUUGUUGGCAAAUCCGUCACCCAAAACCUGAGCGACGGCCUGCGCGCCCUCUUCAGUGGUGGUGCUGGCUUUGCUAUUAUGGUCUGGACCAGCCCGAAGCUGACGGGUCUGCUGUUGCUUAUGUUCCCUCCCAUUGCCGUGGGUGCCUUUAUCUAUGGCCGAACGAUCCGAAACAUCAGUCGACAAAUCCAAAGAAACUUGGGUACACUGACCAAGAUUGCGGAAGAGCGCCUCGGUAACAUCAAGACAAGUCAGGCCUUUGUUGGAGAGGUCCAGGAAGUUGGCCGCUACAAUAGACAGAUUCGUCGAAUCUUUGCACUAGGCCGCAGAGAAGCAACCGUCGCCGCUACCUUUUUCGCCUCGACCGGAUGGGCUGGCAACAUGACCAUUCUUGCUAUGUUGAUGGUUGGUGGUAAUUUUGUCAGAAAUGGGGCCAUGUCUCUGGGAGAGUUGACCUCGUUUAUGAUGUACACGGCAUUUGCAGGAUCUAGUUUGUUUGGCCUGUCUGGCUUCUACUCUGAACUGAUGAAGGGUGUCGGAGCUGCCAGUAGACUGUUCGAGCUACAGGAUCGCCAGCCCGGUAUUCAUCAGACUGUCGGCUCGCCCGUCAAGUCUGCCCAGGGCCCUAUUCGAUUUAACAAUGUGUCGUUUGCCUACCCAACAAGACCAGCAGUUCGCAUUUUCGACGGCCUCGACUUUGAGAUCCCCUCGGGAAGUAAUGUUUGCGUUGUCGGUCCUUCUGGUGGCGGUAAAUCCACUGUUGCGUCGCUUCUGUUGCGCUUUUACAACCCGACAGCUGGAUCUAUUACCAUUAACGGUGUCGAUAUUUCCGGCAUGAAUGUCAAGUCAUUGCGACGCCGAAUCGGCAUGGUCUCGCAAGAGCCUGUUCUCUUUUCCGGUACUAUUGCUGAGAACAUUGCCUACGGUCGCCCCAAGGCGCCGAGAGCAGAAAUCGUAGCUGCUGCGCGCCGUGCCAACUGCAACUUCAUCAGCGAUUUGCCCGACGGCCUCGAGACGCAAGUAGGCGCCCGUGGCUCGCAGCUCUCAGGUGGCCAGAAGCAGCGCAUUGCUAUUGCCAGAGCGUUGCUAAAGGACCCUGAUAUUCUGAUCCUUGACGAGGCAACAUCUGCACUCGACGCGGAAUCGGAGACGCUGGUAAACGAGGCGUUGGCCGGCCUCUUACGCGGCCACAACACAACCAUUUCCAUUGCGCAUCGCCUGUCGACAAUCAAGCGCUCGGACCAAAUUAUUGUCCUCAACACUGAAGGCAAGGUGGCCGAGAUUGGCAGCUACACACAGCUGGCUGCAAACAAGGACAGUGCCUUCAGCAAGCUCAUGGAGUGGCAGAUGAGCGGCGGAGAGGUCCCUGAGAAGCCGGUUACCAAUGGUGCGCAUAUUAGUGAAGCCGAGGAGCUCGAGCAGCACGCGGAAGCUGAAGAGCUGCAUGAGGAGCUUCAUGAAGACGAACUACAUGAAGAAGAAGUCGAAAAGCGCGAUCCCAGCAAGGCCUCACAAGGCCGUUAAGAAGAAUUGUUUUGUUCGGUCUACAAGGCUGAGAGGUCUUCAUAGACACGGGGGGAUAUCUAAGACGGCGCGGAUUUUACUGUGAUGUAGAAGAACGCCACCAUGUUUUGUUGUAUUAGUAGUGCGGCGCUAUCAUCUUCUCUCACUUGGUUUCUGUUUUUUUGUCUUUUACAUUGCGUGUACAUAUAUACACAGCAAUCCCAAAUAGCGGUUUGCCAUCUUAAAAAAAAUAAUACUACUAAAAAAUUUAAUAAUAAUUCAGCAGUCGUCCAAUGUGCAACACACGCAAUAUAUCGGGCUUUGUGGAUCACAUGCUGAAAGCCCGA